AUAAAAUUUGAAUGCUUUCUGUGUCAAACAAAUGGUUCCGUUUUCUACUCAAGAUAAGUCUGAAAGGAAAACGGCGCCGCUUUCAUUCUUCGGUGGCCAGGCAAGUAUAUGGCUUUUACUACAACUUGAGUUCACAACGGGUGAUAAAGCGCAGCCAGAGGAUCCCUCAUGAAAAGACACCUCCAACCAAUAUCGUAUCGAGAUGCAUUCGAAUCAGAGUAUAGGGUUCCUUGUAGCAGCCCUACUUUUUUCCGCUAGAACAAUCUAUAGCCUCACUUUUGCUGUCCCUUCCUCGCCCCCAUCCAAUGCAAGUGGAACACUCGACUCCGCUCCUGUUGGUGUAUCAUUCGAGUUCUUCGCAUUUUCAGCAUAUAUGCAAGAUGUAGCCGCAACAAAUGUCUGUCUGAGCAACCUCAAAAAAGCUAUGGGUACUGCAGUUCCAAUCAGGAUCGGGGGUACCACGCAAGAUCGAGCAACAUAUGAUCCCAGCCUAAGCACCGCAGUCAAUUACUCCGUAGCAUCAUCUACCGACGCACCGGAUUCUCUUACCUUUGGACCAUCAUUUAUGCAAAUUGCUAGCUCCUAUGAUGGAAGUGUAACUUUAGGCCUGGAUAGACGUCUCAAUAGCAUCUCAAACACAAUUGCUGCAGCCAAGGUAGCAGUAUCAGUGAUCCCAAAUUUAUACGCCUUGGAACUAGGCAAUGAGCCAAACUUCUUCGUCUCCUCCGACCCCAUCGCCAACGGAAGUUCUUGGACAGCUGCAGCAGAUGCAUCUUCUCAAGUAUCGUGGCAGGAGUCAGUUGCUACGGCUCUUGACAAAGAGUCCAUCAUCCAAGCAGGCGUCUUCUUCGGCACGGGAUCAUUCAGCGUCGAGGAGUUAGUUGCCAAGGAAGGCGCUUCUGCAAGUUACGUACGAUCUUUCAGUGAACAUUAUUAUCCGCAGUCAGGGUCUACGGCGAAUUUGACAGAUCUGAUGAGCCACAGUUCCAUAGUUAGUGGUGUUUCGGCAUUUGAGGAUGAUAUCAACGCAGCUUCGUCGCUGGAUAAGCCCUUUGUGUUUGGGGAGACCAAUUCUGCAACUCAAGGCGGUGGUGGAAUCAGUCCAACCUAUGGCGCCGCCCUCUGGAUCUUGGACUAUGUUAUGCAAGCCGUGAUUCUGGGAGCAAAGCAACUAUUCUUUCACCAAGGGACAAUUGGAAACUGCCAAUACUGCUGGUGGGGCAACUACACCAUGGGCGCCCCCUACUACGGCGCCUACAUGGCCGCUCUGUCUUUAAACGGCGCCUCGCGCAUCGCUCCCCUCGACUCCGGCACCACGCCCUACGCCGCAUAUGCCAUCUACCAGAACGACACCGUCUCUCGAAUCCUCCUCUAUAAUUCCGACUACUAUAGCUCCGGAACAAGAAGUGGUGUUAAUUUCACACUGGCUGGUCUAUCGACCUCAUCUUCUUCUAGUACAGUGACGGCAGUGAGGUUGACGGGGGAUAAGGCCACGGCGAGGAUAGAUCAGGGUGGGAUUGUCACUGUUGCGGGUCAGACGUUUGAGAACGGGACGUGUACGAUCCAGGGUCAUAAGGUCGUGGAGGAUGUGGAUGUGGGAGAAAAUGGCGAGACGGUGGUUAGUGUGGGUGCGGCGGAGGCGGUGUUGGUUUAUCUGUAGGUUGGUUGUGUAGGGUAUCUAUAUGGAGGGUAGGGGAUUUGUACCAUAGAUACGAAUUUAGUAUAUAUGGUGCAUUAUCUGCGUAUAUGGGGAUGGUUUUGCAAAGUACGAAUCGAUGAUAGCUUGAGAGACUGUAGACGUUUGUUUGAGCUCGAGAUGGAACUAUAUAAACGCACCUACCACG